AUGACACUUUCCAUCCCCGUCGUCGAGCUAAAGGGCACUAAAGCUCAGCUUCCCAAAAUUGGGUUCGGUUCCGGAACCAAAUGGAGAAUAUUGAAGUCGCAAAAUGCGGACAAAGAAGAUUACUUCAUCGAGGAACUUGCAGAACAGGUGAACCAUGCCAUCAGGCUGGGAUUCAACCAUAUAGACACAGCGGAAGCAUACAAGACGUAUGAAGAAGUUGGUGCCGGAAUUCGCAAGUCUGAAAAGCCCAGAAGCGAACUAUGGGUCACUGACAAAUACGCCCCAUGGUCGUAUUCUUGGAACAAAAGCACGGGUCCUUUGUGGUCAUUGAAAAAUUCUCUGACUCACAUGGGUUUGGAAUACGUUGAUUUGUAUUUGCUACAUUCACCCGCCAUCACGCCUGAAACCUCUGGAAUCACCUUGCAAGAAGCGUGGAAUCAGAUGGAGCAGAUCCUGGAGAGCGGACUGGCCAAAAACAUUGGUGUCUCCAACUUCGACGUAGAAAGUUUGCAAAAUAUCCAUGCAAUAGCAAAGCACAUGCCUUCCGUGAAUCAAAUCGAGUUUCACCCUUAUCUUCAGCAGCAGUCGCCAGGGAUAGUUGACUUCUGCAAGCAGCACGAAAUUGUGGUGGAAGGCUACUCGCCAUUGGCGCCGUUGACUGGCGGCAAACCGGGUCCACUGGACGAGAUACUGCCUAAGCUUGCCGAGAAGUACGGUAAAUCCGAGCUGCAAAUCUUGCUCAACUGGAGCAUUCAGAGCGGCGUAGUGCCAAUAACUACCUCCGGCAAUGAAGCGCGGAUUGCGGAAAUACUCCAAAUUUUCGAUUUCAAGUUGGAUAAUCAAGACGUCGAAAUGAUAGCCGCCACAGGAAAGCAGAAAUUGUUUCGCAAUUUCAUGAAGGACUUGUAUGGAAAAUACGAUGAGGUACUAGAGUGA